AUGCCCGGCUCCGCCGUGGUGCUGAUCGGCGCCUUCGUGGCCGCGCUUCUCGGCGUCUCCCUCUCCACCGUCGUCCUCUGCUCCAGCCGGCGCCAGGCGCACCGCGCGUCGCCGUCGCCGUCGCCGUCACAGCGGAGCGUCGUCGACCUCGAGCUCGGCCUCGGGCUGGGGCGACAGUGCGGGAUCGACGAGGCCGUCCUGGCCGCGUACCCGACCGCAGUGUAUUCUUCGGCUGCGAGGCGACUGGGCGAAGGCCAGAGCCUGAUGGCUGCUGCCGCCGCGUUGGGCGAAGAUGGCCAGGCGCCGGGAGACACGCGCGACACGACGUGCGCGGUGUGCCUGACGGAGUACGCAGACGGCGACGAUCUUCGUUGGCUGCCCGGGUGCCGGCAUGCGUUCCACCGGCCGUGCCUCGACGAAUGGCUGCGGCGGCGGCCGAGCUGCCCGCUCUGCCGCACGUAG